GUGUGCCAGUAUCACAGAAAGUGCUUAAGCAUGAAAUAUGGAAAAUUUUAUUUAAAUUCACAAAAUAGUGUUGUCAUGGACAAUAUGGAAUAGUAAUUUGACACAGGUUAACAUCAUUUUCUGACAACAGGCUAACAAAAUUGUCAUGAUGAUUCACAAGAAUCCUUUGUUAAAAGGAUAAUCUGCUGGCGAAAUAUUUGAAUAGAAUGUUUGAUAUAAACAUUUGAUGGUGUAAAAAAUUAGAAUGAUAGUACUUUUAGUAAAUACUUCCAUGAAUGUAAUGCCUCAUCAUAAUCCUUACAUGAAGUGUUGCUCCUCAGUGUUGCAAUGAUUGCAUUCGAUUGAUUGAUCGAUCAUUCGUAGAAUCUUGUUUUUUUUCCUUUGAAUGGUUCGGUUUCAGUUUCGUUCUGUUCGUAUUACGAUUUUUAGACGUUGCACUUCUCCUUUUCGUUCACCUUUGAUUUUUCAAAACCUAAACGUGAUGAGCAAGAUACACAAAGAGGCAGCAGAGCAGUUCAUACAGUUUGUUGACAGAUCACCUUCACCAUUUCAUGCUGUGAAAGAGUGCCAGAAGUUACUUGGUGCUCAAAACUUUAUUGAAUUGGAUGAAAAAUGUCCAUGGGAAAUAAAAACAGGAGGAAAGUAUUUCAUUACAAAGAACCAAUCAAGUAUAAUUGCAUUUGCUGUUGGUGGUGCUUAUUCUCCUGGGAAUGGUUUUAGUAUUGUUGGUGCUCAUACUGAUAGUCCUUGUCUCAAGGUAAAACCAGUUUCAAAAAUUGAGAAACAUGGCUACCUACAAGUAGGGGUUGAAUGUUAUGGUGGUGGGAUUUGGAACACUUGGUUUGAUCGAGACUUAACUGUAGCUGGACGGGUUAUCAUUAAGAAAGAAGGCAAGCUACAACACAAGUUAGUUAAUAUCAAGAAACCCAUACUACGAGUCCCACAUUUGGCCAUACAUUUGCAGAGAGAUAUUAAUGAUAAGUUCUCGCCCAACUUGGAAAACCACACAGUUCCAGUCUUAGCUACUCAGGCUGCGAAACAGUUACUGUGUUCAAAUGAAGAACAAAAAGAUGAACAGGCAAAUGACAAUAACCAGUGCAAGAUAACCAACUCUCACCGACACCAACCACUUCUUAUUCAAAUGUUAUGUGAAGAAAUGUCGUGUGAAUGUGGGGAUAUUGUUGACUUUGAACUGUGUCUUGCCGAUACUCAACCUGCUACCUUAGGUGGAGCGAUGUCAGAGUUCAUCUUCUCACCAAGACUAGAUAACCUUGUUAAUGCCUAUGCUUCUAUCCAGGGUUUAAUUGGUUCUCUGGAUUCAUCAUUUUCUACUGACACAAAUAUCCGUAUGGCUGUUCUUUAUGACAAUGAAGAGAUUGGUUCUCGAAGUGCUCAAGGUGCAUUUUCCAAUUGGACAGAAUUAGUCCUUAGACGACUUUCUUCGCCAAGCAGUGAUGACCUGACGUGUUAUGAAAGAAGUCUUGCAAGCUCCUUUCUUGUCAGUGCAGAUCAAGCACACGCCUGUCAUCCUAACUAUUCUAAAAAACACGAAUCCAAUUUGAAACCAGCUUUACAUCAAGGUCCAGUGAUAAAAUACAAUGCGAAUCAAAAAUACGCGACCACGGCUGUCACGGCAAGUGUGUUACGCAUAGUGGCAGAAAAACACGACAUACCUCUUCAGGAAUUUGCUGUACGAAAUGACAGCCCUUGUGGAUCAACAAUUGGACCUAUUUUAUCAGCCAAGCUCGGGAUUAGCACAGUAGACAUUGGUGGCCCUCAGCUCAGUAUGCAUUCUAUCCGUGAAAUGUGUUGUACCAGCAGUAUCCAUCAAUGCACCGAAUUAUACAAGAAUUUCUACAUAGAUUUUCCUGAAAUCCAGAAAUCACUUGUUGGAAUAUAAAACAUUUGUGAAACUGGGAAACUAGACUUUACACCGCACGUAUAACUACGUUUUCUAGCUGCCUAUUUUUGGCAUUCUCACGCUUUAACUUAAUGCUAUAUAAUCGCACUUGCAUGUAUGAGCACUCACAAGCAAUUUUUCUGUGACUAUUUUUCUCUGUCUAUAUUCAAUCAUUUGUCAGGUUUUUCGAGGCGAUGAAAAAUACCAGUUCACCAAUAGCUAAUUCGAGUUUCUUUUAACUUUCAUAAUAAUUAUAGAACAAUAUAUAUACAGGCACUUUUUGUAGCUAUGGCUAAAACGUAAAAAUAAAAGUAAUAAUACGUCCAUUUAUU